CUCAACUCGCCGCUCGAACACCUUCGCCAUGCUCGCGCUCUGCGCUCUCGCCCAGGCCUACGUCCUCACCGCGCGUGGCCACGCCUCUCACAGCCGCCUGCAUCCCGUCCGAAUGGGCACGACCGCUGACUUCAAGACGGGCCUCACCAUCGAGUUUGACAACUCGGUCUGGAAGGUGCAGGAGUUCCUCCACGUCAAGCCCGGCAAGGGCUCCGCGUUUGUGCGCUCAAAGCUCAAGAACCUCGAGACGGGCAACACGCUCGAGAAGACGUGGAAGGCGGGCGAAUCGUUUGCAGACGCGCAGGUGGACAAGGAGGAGAUGCAGUACUCGUACAUGGACGGCGAGGACAUGGUGUUUAUGAACAUGGAGACGUACGAGGAGGAGCGGAUCCCAAAGGGCGACAUCGACAAGGCGGAGUUUAUCAAGGAGGAGAUGCAGCUCACUGUCCUCAAGUGGCAAGGCAAGCCGAUCGACGUGCAGGUGCCGAAAUCGAUGACCCUCAAGGUUGUCGAGGCUGCGCCGGGAGCGGCCGGCAACACAGCGCAGGGGCGGACAGAGAAGCCGGCGGUGCUCGAGACGGGCGCCGAGAUCAUGGUUCCCAUGUUCAUCAAGGAGGGGGAGGAGAUCAAGGUCGACACGGACGACCGCAAGUACCUUGGAAGGGCCACCUGAGCGGCGCGCUGCAGCCAUAUGGACUCACACUCCGGGGGUAGGGGACCCCGUCAUACUGCUGUGAAUACGUCCCGAACCCAUAUACUGUGACCUGGUAGCAUAUGCGCCGCUCGAGGCUAGAGGCCGCGGUCCUGCGGUGUGGUGUUGCGGGGUUGUAAAUAAAUAAAUAAAAACGGACACCUCUAC